AUGAUGGAAUUGAUCUGGGACGACGAACUCGCCGUUAUAGCGCGUCGAUGGGCGUUGCAGUGCAAGCUCUUCGAGAAGGAUCAGUGCCGAGACGUUGAACGAUUUGGAGUGUGGCAGAAUGUAAAUGUGCUCGACAUGGACAGCGUGAAAAAUGGCACGAGUAGUAAGGAAAGAAUUCACUUUCAUAUUACAUCAUGGUACGACGAGGUAGAAGACUUCGACAACGCGGAAGUCGGAUUUGAAUUGCGCGUCAAUGAAGAGAGCUCGAGGCCCGAGGCUGUCUGCCGGGCCGUCCACCUUCAUUUAGUCCAGAUAAUCAUACCUUUCAGACUGGUGAACUAUUCUAACGCGGCACUCUCCUCUUACAUUCCCCUCGCAUCGGCGACGUUCAUUUACGUUGGUUGCGGCCGUGCGAUUUACACGCUCAACUUGAUCAAGACCACGACGACGCCUGGCGGGGAUCGGGUCGAGGUACUCGUGUGUAAUUACGGACCCGUCGAUCGCACUGCACCCCAGCAGCUUUACAAGCUUGGCCGACCGGGCCUGUGCCCGCUCGGAACCCUCCCCAGCGACCGUUACCAAUCUCUCUGCAGUAAGUGUAAACCCUAAUCUUAAACUUGGAGCUUAACUGCGUCUUUCAGUCAAAGAUGACCGAACAACAACAUUUCAGCAAAAAUAAUGUAAAAAUUAACGUUCGACUAAACAACUUUCAAAUUUACGACGAGAAAUAUGUAUCGUCAUUUACGAAUUCUUUAAAUUAUUUGACGAGUUGUUUAGUUAGUUCGAGUCAAAUAACAAUAGGA